UGACGUCAGCAAACUUAUCCAGCAGCUGUGGAGCGAGCUGAGGAAGAGGAGGAGAGGGAAUGAGACCGCUGGAUGUGGAGCUUGGACUGUGGAGCGCAGAGGACCGUCUGGGCGUCUUUUCUCCGGGACACUUCUGGACCUGGCUCCCGCUGUUGAAUCGGAUGCAGCACUAAUGAGCACCCAUCAGCGUUUAGAUGAGUGAAGCACAACCUCAAAACCUGAACAUCAGCAGUCCACGAUAACAGUGGAAGAUUGGCACACAGUCAGGUGGGACCUCGCCGACGCACAUUUUCCACUAUGAACCGCGCCUUCAACAGGAAAAAAGAUAAAUCAUGGAUGCACACCCCGGAGGCUCUGGCCAAGCACUACAUCGCCUACAAUGCCAAGUUCCUUGGAAACACAGAGGUCGAAGCCCCGAAAGGCACAGAAGUGGUGAAGGACGCGGUGAGAAAGCUGAAGUUUCAAAGGCACAUUAAAAAGUCAGAGGGCCAGAAGAUCCCCAAAGUGGAGCUGCAGAUCUCCAUUUACGGAGUGAAGAUACUGGAUCCCAAGACGAAAGAUGUGCAACAUAACUGUCAGUUACACAGGAUAUCUUUCUGUGCGGAUGACAAAACUGAUAAGAGGAUAUUUACUUUUAUCUGCAAAGACUCGGAGUCCAACAAACACCUCUGCUACGUGUUUGACAGUGAAAAAUGUGCGGAAGAGAUCACUCUAACCAUCGGGCAGGCCUUUGACUUGGCCUACAAGAAGUUCUUGGAGUCUGGAGGCAAAGACGUGGAGACCAGGAAACAGAUCGGAGGCCUGCAGAAACGAAUUCAGGAACUGGAAACAGAAAACUCUGAGCUGAAGAAACAGCUGCAAGACCUGGAAGAGCAGCUGAUGAUUGCGCAUGUGCCACCACAGCUGCACAUAAACGCAGCUAAUGAGGCGUACAUGCUGCAGAGGCCCUCCUCUCUCUUCUGGUGUCACAGCAUCACGUCGCUCUCCUGUCUGGAAAUCUCCUCCGUCACGCUCACCCCUAUGAGCUCGCCGGAGUCCAACUUGUCUGCAGGGCUAUUAACUCCUCCGCCUGCCAAACCUGCUCUCCCUCCUCCUAAAGCUUCCGAGGGAUGCAGCAUCCCGCGGCCUCGCGCUGGGAGCAUCUGCAUGAAGCCACAGUCGACAGACAUUUUCGACAUGGUUCCCUUCUCCCCUGUGACGCCACUGGUUCCGACGCCGGCCAGCAACGGCUGCCCACCUCCUCCACCAACCACACUUCCACCAGACAUACGGAAAGAUUUGUUUGGUUCUGAGCCAUUUGAUCCGUUCACCUGCGGAGCAGCUGACUUCCCUCCAGAUAUUCAGUCAAAGCUGGAUGAGAUGCAGCGCCAGAGAUGGAGGGGUUCAAAAUGGGACUAACCUUAGAGGGCACCGUUUUCUCUCUGGACCCGCUGGACAGCCGCUGCUGAUGCCGAGAAGAUUCCCCUUUGAGGCAGACUUUUAACUCGUUUGUAUGAAAAAGUGCCAAAAUCCACUCCACAGUCGAGUCAAGAUGUCACUCUUUUCAUCUUGAGGUUUAUAUGCAUUUGCAUUUAGAUUGGUUUUCAGUAUUUCAAAGUAAACUCAGAUCCACGAUAGAAAAGAGCUAUUUUUGUAAAAAACAAAAAAAAAGAGAAGAAAGUACUUCUGGAGGGGUAGUUUUGAGUACCUUUGCUUGCACAUGCAAGAUGUAAAUAGUCGAGUAGGUCCGAUGGUACACUCUGUGGCAGAUUUUCAUACGUGUACGUGCACCUGUUGAAUUCUGUAUUGUUGACACAUUCCUGUUUGUAUGCCCCAAACAAGGCGGCAAAAAAAUAAAUGGAAUCUGUAUCAUUAACUUUCCUCUAACUUCACUUAUCUUUGUUUUUACUCCACAUUAAAUCCCACCUUAUCUACUUCAUUAAUCCAGACUUCUAUCCAGACAUUUGAAUGAUUUUUUUUUUUCAUCUUUUCUAAUUUCUCUCAUUUUUUCACAUCUGACACAUCUGGGUUACCAUUUCAGUAUUUACCUUCUUUGUCUCCUCAUUGUCCAUCCAUGCACAACUUUUCCCAUUUUCAUUUUUUGGUUUCAUUAACUUUGCUGUUACAGUUAUUAAAAAAACUCCUUGUGGAGAAAAAAAA